GGGAGAGGUGGGCAAUUCACUUAUACUUCAACACUUUUCAAUACAAAUCUACACAUAUAAUUUUUGUGUUUUCAAACUAAGUAUCUUGAAAACUAUUAAUGGAAAAUUUUCAAAAGUUUGACUGAGUUUUGGUCAAACCUUAAAGUAUUUGUUACUAGAGGGAGUACCUUUUGCAGAUCUUGUGUGCUCACAGUUGUCCGAAUGAUUGAUAUACGUUCAUGGUUAUCUCAAUUUUCAUGAUUUUCGUAAUAUGGUAUAUAUAUUGAUAUCUUCCUGAUGGCAAUCCUAAAUUUGGAAAAUGUCAUUGUCUGUUCUAUUUCUAAACUUUGCUUCUUAUUCAUGGAGGCUGGCAUUCAUGAAGCCAUCCUGAACUUCUCUAUGAUGAUGUCCCUCCUUUUUCCAGCCUAUGCUUAAGUACACAGGAGAUCAAGCUCAACUGCAAGCCUUUAUAAAUUUCAAGGAUGGGCCGUACAGUGGAGGGAAUUGUAUGACAAUCAAAGGAAGUCUGCAGCAGAAUAUUAUUUUCUCGGAACAGCUUUUUAAUGGAAGACUUGGAAUGGAAGAUAGAUCUAUUCAUCUAUUUUAUUCGGUAAGAGCCGAUGGAAGCUCUGCGUUAGGAUUGUCUCUGGACUUGUCUUCAAACGAUCAGAGUAUUUCAAUCCUUGUUGCGGAGGACAUAGCAACAUUCACCAGAAAGAAACAAAAUCACAAGUACGGCGCAUAUGUUAAAGCUGAUAAGGCGGAGCCACAUGCUCCAGAUAACCAAGAUUGGUUCCUUUACAAAGCAACCGUUCAUUCCAGUGCUGGCUACAAAUUAACUGGAAUCAACAUUGUUUGCACCUUGAAAAUAGCUGGCAAAAUGAGUCCAGAAACAGAGGAUAGGAUCACUGGAGUGAAUGCAGAUGGAUCGUCACCGUAUCAUGCAUCACUUGGCCACAUAAGUAUUCAAAAGCUCGAUGCAAACACAGAGUUCCGACCAGCAGGAUCAUGGGUAACUAAAGGCGAGUACAUCUCAUGGUCCAACAGUUCUAUCACAACUAAACAUGUGAGUCUGAAACUCAGCUGGAAGCUGAAGACCCCUGAUCAACCAUCAUUCAGGAAGUACAACAUCUAUGUGGAGGAGUCAAUGGCAGAUCCAAACGCGAAGGCUUCCAGAAAUUACCUUGGUGUUGCUAGUGUUGAUGCCUUUUAUAUAUCGGGCCUAGAGGUCACCAGCGGAGUUUCUGGUUUUAAUUUCAUUAUUCAAGCGUGUGCACAUGAUGGAAGCUGGCAGAAGCUUGAGGAAUGCCCAGAGUUCUUUUUAGAUUUAGUUCAUUCUGAGCCGGUGUAUCUGACCGAAGAUUCCCUGAGAAGGAUGGAACUUUUGCUGGUCCAAAGCAUCCUUGUAAGGCUUUCUCCAACAGGGAGGCGACGUUGCUGGAGGACGUGGAGGCGCGAGACGCCAGACGCCAGACGCCACAGAGAGUAGAAAGGU